AGGAGACUCCUUCCUCUCCCCGCUUCUCCCACCGGACAGUCCUCCCUGGUGAGAACUGCAAUAGCAUGAGCUCCUCGGAGGCUGCCAGUCCCAUCUUCCACCAGGGAGAGAACUGCAAGCCAUCAUGGACGGAGGCCGAGGCUGGCUACAAUCAGACAGACACACACUUGAAGAUCCUGGGCAAGCCAGUGAUGGAGCGGUGGGAGACCCCCUACAUGCAUUCGCUGGCUACCGUUGCAGCAUCCAAAGGGGGCCGUGUGCUGGAAGUGGGCUUCGGCAUGGCCAUUGCCGCCAGCAAAGUGGAGGAGUUCAACAUCGAGGAGCACUGGAUCGUUGAAUGCAAUGAGGGCGUCUUCAAGAGGCUAGAGGAGUGGGCCAAGAAACAGCCCCACAAGGUCGUCCCCUUGAGGGGCCUGUGGGAAGAUGUGGCCCCCACGCUGCCGGAUGGACUUUUUGAUGGCAUCCUGUACGACACCUACCCCUUGUCCGCAGAGACCUGGCACACUCAUCAAUUCCACUUCAUCAAGAGCCAUGCUUUCCGCUUGCUGAAGCCCGGUGGCGUCCUCACCUACUGCAACCUGACAUCAUGGGGGGAGCUGCUCAAGACCAAGUACACAGACAUCGAGAAGAUGUUUGAGGAGACUCAGGUCGGGCACCUGGUCCAGGCUGGGUUCAAGAGGGAGAAUAUCAGCACAGCAGUGAUGGACCUGACCCCGCCCCAGGACUGCAGGUACUACGCCUUCCCCAAGAUGAUCACACCCACCAUUAUCAAGCAGUGAAUCCUGCGGGGAAGAGAGAACCAACAUCCAGGACUGAUCAUUUACACUGCAGGGAGAAGGGGAAAUGCUCCUCAUCUUGGGUACUCACUAGGAAAGAUCAAUGACGGGGGUAGGAAGGGCUGGGGAAAGCCUGCUUGGAACUGGCGCCUGCAACCAGGGGUUUCACCAGUGAAGCAGGUACCAGAGCAAGAUCCAGGACCCUGCUCAGCUCGGUGCCUCAGUUCCCCUCCUGGUUCACUUUAGAGAUCCCUGGAUAAAGAGGACUGGGACAGAAGUGGGGAGGGCCUUCAGCUGGCCCCCGGGCAAGCCCCUUCUGAGAUCUGGGCUCAGAAUCACAGGCAGGUACCAGCAUCUGUUAAAGCCUGGCAGUAGAUACUGUAAAAACAGAUUUCAGUAGAAUUCAGGAGCAAGCAGGUGAUUCGGAUAAAGGGGCUGGAGAAAGGGAGGGAAACAAAUCCAGAAGCUGCUGAGGCCAGGAUCCUUUAAAAACUAAAAAAAAAGACACUUAGCUUUCCCCAAGCCAGCUGACUCCCCCCUCCUCCCCGCAUUUUAAUGUCAAGAGCCUUCACAUUUGCAUUUUGUAAUUAAAAUGCGACAGGGUCGAUUCCCAGAGCAGGGUUCCAUAUAGGUCUCUGCAAAUCAUUUUUUUUUUUGCCUAAUGCCCUGUUUUUAAUCAGAUUUUGGUAACAGAUUCUUUUGACCUUCCUGGAAGUUUAUUACUGCAUGAAUAAUUACCCCGCUCCGUAUAGAAAGGGUGGGCAAUCUGCCAGUCAUGCAAACACUGGAGACAUUAAAUUGUCUUGGAAAUCUACA